AUGGCAGACAACAGUUUCGCCUGGGCGGCAACGAAGGGACUGUUGCGAACGAACGAGGUUCACAAAACGGAGGAGGCGAAGCUAGUUGUAGAAGAGAAGUUCAGCAACAAAAGCGAGCGAGGUUCGCUAAAGGAGCUCACGGCUUCCGGCACUGAUGAAGAUGCCUACAUGUUGGAGAAUGAUGUCCCCACCACGGAAACCGAAGCUAUCAGCCACAAGCCUGCCGAUGGUACCAUGAGCAAAUCCAAGUCCUUCGGGUGUGUUUUCCCAACGGUGCAGAAGAACGACAGCCCUCUCACUGUCCUCCCCACGUUCCUCUCUGUGUUGGGGAAAAAAAUCGAGAAUGGGUGCUUGGAGCAGGAGAAGAUGAAGAAGAUGGGCAACCCCCGGGCCGAUGAGAUUGCAAACCACCUGCAGUCCCUCCUGGACAGCCUGAACACCGACUACAAGAAGUUGACCGACAAGGAGGCCGAGGCUAUCACAGACACGGACGGGAAAUCAGUCAAGCUGAAGGAGGAGAUCAUGGCUUUGUUCGUUCAGUGCACGAAGACCGAUGUAAUCCUGAACAAUUACAUCGCCCGGGGCAAGAGCUUCAAGCCCAGCAGCAGCAACCUGGGAAGAUCCGGCUCGAAAGAUGAGAAGAACAAAAAAUCUAAGAAAAAGCCCAAGAAGGACAACAAAUCGGCUUCCAAGAAGGACAAAGCUUCACCAAAACACGGCGACGAAACGGAGGAGGCUAAGCCUGCUUCUCGAAAGUCGAAGAAGAGUAAGGAUGACUCGGCAGAGAAGCCGAACAAGAAAAAGAAGUGCGGCCUGGGGUUGCAAAGUGGCGAAGACUCGCCGUCUGGAGGAUCGGCUUCGGGCUCUGAGGAUGACCUGGCAGAUGCCUUGAUGAUGGAUAUGGCUGAUGCAAAGUCUGUGGUUCGGCUGGCUACUAUUGCAUCGAGGAGGAUGAAAAAGCUAGGUGUCGUCGACCCGGACAUGGAGCGAAUUGCUGGUUUGGGGCAUGGCAGCUACCACAAUGCUUCUCGGGCUUUGCAUAGGUUUGUUCAUCGUGAGGGGAAGACCCUGCCGAUCCCGAUCUCCACGACACCCUUGACUAUUCGCCAGAAACGGGGUGGAAGUAUUGAUGUGAAAUACCCCAUUCUACGGCUGACGGAUUGGCUGAACCAUAUUCUGGGUGAGGCUGGUGGCCAGUUCGUGUUGGCUGGACAUCAUGUAUGGGACACUGGCCAUCAAGAUGUCUUCAGGAGGUUUUGGCAAAGGUACGAGUCGGCGGAUUCACAACACGUGAUUUACAGCCAAAAAAGCGAGCAAGAGCGAUCCCGCACGAUUCCAUUUUGCAUACACGGUGACGAGGGUCGGGGUUUGGCCAAAGUCCCGGUUCUCAUUACGAACUUUCAGUGUGUGGUGCCUUAUAUGGGCGAGGAUCGCCUGAACACUCACGGGCCUCCUGCAUGA